AUGACCCGCAAUCUGUAUGUGAUCGAUGCUGAAGGGUUAGUUCUGGGUCGCGUCAGACUUUUCUGAACGUUUCAGAGUUUCAGACGGCGGGCAAUGGAUCCCAGGACUCGAGAAUUGUUGGACAAGGAUUCGAGGGAGAUCCAGACGAUUUUGGUGAUGGGCGGAAUCACCUUUUUCGUCACAAUCGUCAUGUUUCUCUCCAAAAUGGAUGUAAGUGUCAGAGUUUUGCAUUCAAGACCCUAUAUCUCAGUUGUCUGUGGAGCUAUAAAAACGGUGUCAACUGAUAAAAUGUGCAGAAUGUUUUGAUAAAUGUUUUAUCAUAAGACAACUUUUUGAUAUUUCCACCCUGAGCUGAGAUACAUCGUAUUGAAGGAACAACUUCAACUGAUACAAAGUUACAAGUGUCAUUCAAGGCCUUAUAACUCAAUUACCGGUAGAGAUACCGAGACGUUGUUAACGAAUAGACUGUUUAUUAGAAAAUUUUGCACAUUUUUUCAGUUGACAACUUUUUGACGUCUCUACAGAGAACUGAGAUAUCGUCUUUUGAAGAAACGGUGACAGUUAUCCGAUGUUUUCAAGAAAGAAACCAUUCCGAUCGAUCGUUUCUAAUUCGAUCAGUCCAUUUCCUGUCAACAUUCGAAACCAUCCCCAAAUCGCACUCUCAUAUUUUUGUUUUCCAACCCGAUCACAUGAAAAAUCGAUCGAUUCGUGUUGCAACCACUACUUUUACUGUUUUCAGUCGACACUUUUUGAGUGUUACUAUCCAACCCGUUACAAACCGAUAAUAUUCGUGAAUUUGUUUGCAGAUGUCCGCCGACAACGUGAUGAACUACGCGCCGAUCAUCUGGCUCGUCGGCGUCAUGAUCUUCGGAGCCAUCAUCAAUUUUGUGAACUACUACAAAAGCAAGAAGCGUCAAAAGGAGAUUGAGCGAAUGACUGUGGUACUCACUCUCCACAAUAUCAUCCAUCCGCUCCGCAACUAUUUUCCAUUUGCAGGAGAGCCUAUUGGCCAACAUGUCCCUGCCCGCCUCUUUUCCGUGUCUGGCUCCGGGUCCGCACGACGAAUGCUGUGGCGGAAGGGGCCUUCCGAGCCGCCCCUUGCCCACUUAUGAUGAGAUUGUGGUGUUGGAUGAGGUGGGAAUGAAACAAUCUCCGAAAACGGUCUCUCUGAUGUUACAGACCCACAACAAGUCGUCCGAUACCGUCUCGUUGACCGCGCCGCCUGACUACUCGACGGCUCUUUCGAUGCUCCACAAAUCCCCGCCAUCCUGA